AUGGGAAGUCAAAUUAAUGUUGAGUUAUUAGAAGAACAAAGGCCAACUAUCGUUUUGCCCGUGUACCCAAAGCCACUGCCGGAGCGGGAUAUCAGCUAUAAGCUUGAUGAUAAUGGCUUUAGUAUUUUGGAGAAGGCUGCACUGCGCAAUGCUUGGCGUUUUAUUGAGCCCUUUCAACGUCGCUAUGGGCAGAACACAUUUUAUGACUUUCUUACGGAACAUGAACUGCUGAUCAACACCUUUCGACAACAGGGAAAAAUCAGCAUGAGUAAGCUUCACGGUCAUGCCACCGCGAUGAUGAGACUUGGAUAAACCUUGGAUAUGAAUCUGCAGUUUCGCUCGAGCCUGGAUGAGAAUCUGCCGUUUCAUCUGAAAGCCGACAUCGACCUCGAUGACAUGAAGAUGUUGGCAAAUGCUUUGAAGGAUUACUUGCUGUCCUCUCCGGUCAUAGAAAAACACAACUCCUGCACUCUGACGACUGCCCUUGAAAAACUGGUGACAAUUGUCGGUGGAUAUGCUGAGGCCGAAGAAGCCCGGAAAAAAGCCAUGUCUGGGUUCUACCGAAACACCAAUACCAGUGGCGAACCUAAAAGCGAAAGGGCAUCCAGUGUUAAGUCAGCUAAGAAGUCUCUAAUAAUGGAUUAACUCAGAGAUAAAACAAAACCAACCAAAAACGGAAAAUA